AUGGCCGAGAUGCACGAGCAGUUUCUCAAAACAUUCAUACCGGAAGGUGGCGCAAUCACCGAAGAGCUUGCGCGGGUCUACUUAUCGCAGAAGACGCAGUCGUAUCUUGCGUAUGCCAAGGUCAUAGACGACACCAACGAGGCUAGAGCGCAUCUCCUGAACAGAUUCUUCCCUGCGUCGCUCGAGGGAACGCUGAAGCAUCUGCAUUCCGAAGCACAGUUGAGAAUUCCUGAAGCGGACUUCGUUGCGCCCUUCAAGGCGAUGAGGACGCUCUUGCAGACAGACGGCAAUGUUAGCGAGAAGAGAAAAGCGCUGGAGGAGAAAUACCCGUUUGCAGGCUUUCUCGACGAACUCAGCUCAUACAUGCGAGCGAACAUGACUGGCACUCUGGAGUAUGCCGACAGUCACGGCAUUAAUGUUCCAGUUAUAGAAGAGCCAGAUCUAGGCGACGAUGGGGAGGACAGAUUCGAUGAAACGGAAGCAGACAGUCUUGCAGCAGCUCUCCAAGCGGCUUCAAACGUAUUUGCAGAUGCCAAUCAUAAAGCGCAAGGUGUAGAAACGAAUGGCACCGAUCACUCGGCAUUAUCUGACAGCCUAGGAUUGGGAAAGCUUUUACAAGAGUCCUUGCAGGGGCAGUUGGCUGCUCAAGGCGAGCAGGGUUCCGUGGCUAACGGCGAUAAUGUCUUCGAGUCAAAGGGGCUGGCUUCAUUGCUCUUCGAAAAGCUGGGUGGCGGCUAUGAGGGUGACUUCUCCGGUAAUCAAGCCCAAGCCAGCAUGGCCCAGGCUGCAAAUGCUCAAAUGUACAACAGCCCCUAUGGUACUCAGUUUAAUCCACAACAGCAGUAUUACGCUUAUCAACAACCCAUGCAACAGCAACAAGGAUCCGGUCAAGAAACCGCCGAUGGCUUACCACCAACACAAUCUCUACCAACAUCCGUACUUUACGAACGUGCGCGCCAGGCAGCGGUAGCCAAGUCUUCAGCACAUGCCAGGCGUGAGGGUCUACAUUCUACGAGACGUCCGUGGACCCCUGAGGAAGAAAAGGCGCUCAUGGCGGGACUUGACAUGGUGAAGGGGCCACACUGGAGUCAGAUUCUCCAGCUCUUCGGGCAGAACGGCACGCUCUCGGAUAUCUUGAAGGAUAGGACUCAGGUGCAGCUGAAGGACAAGGCCCGCAAUCUCAAGUUAUUCUUCUUGAAGACCAACUCAGAAAUGCCUUACUAUCUGCAGCACCGCGCCACCUAUUCAAUCUAUGGCACCUAUACAACCAGCGCCAUCGGUCCCACCGGUGGUGAAGGCCGAGCCCCCUGA